AUGGCUCUCAUGGACUUCCUUUCUCGUCACAAACCAGCGAUCAAUGAGAAAAGUUCCAACUCCGAUCUCGACCAUAAUUCGACUCAGAAUCACAAUGUCGGCGAAAAAUCCGAUACAAAAUCAGUGCAAGACUCCAAUACACAGGAUGACGAGCACCAAUAUCCCAGCAAAUUCAAUCUCUUUUUCAUCAUCCUCAGCCUGAACCUCGCCCUCUUCCUCGUUGGUCUCGACAAUACUAUCAUCUCUAGCGCCAUUCCCAAAAUAACCGACGAGUUCCAUGCUCUCAGCGAUGUGGGCUGGUACGCAAGUGCCUAUAUGCUCACGACAUGUUCGUUUCAGUUGAUGUGGGGCAAGCUUUUUACGUUCUACAUCGUGAAGUGGACCUGGUUGGUGGCCUUGUUCAUCUUCGAACUCGGCUCGCUAAUCUGCGCUGUCGCCCCUUCAUCAACGGUUCUCAUCGUUGGUCGUGCCAUUGCCGGAGUCGGGACAGGUGGUGUUAGUAACGGUUGCUUCCUUUUGGUCGCCUACUCGGCACCACCACGGCAGCGACCUGCCUUGAUUGGUAUGAUGGGUUCCAUGUAUGGUCUUGCUGCCAUCGCUGGACCUCUUCUAGGCGGUGUUUUUACCAGUAGCUCAAAGCUUACCUGGAGAUUCUGCUUCUAUAUCAAUCUUCCAUUAGGAUUUGUCUGUGCAUUGGUUGUCGUCUUUUUCAUGUCCUCCUUCUCUGGGGGUAAGGGAGGUACGGUAGGAUUGAAAGAACAAGUGAAGCAGAUGGAUGUUCCUGGCACACUUAUCCUUCUUCCUGCCAUAAUUUGUCUUCUUCUUGCUCUGCAAUGGGGUGGAACCAAGUACCCUUGGGACAAUGGACGCAUAAUCGCGCUCCUGGUGCUCGCUGCCAUCUUGCAGUCAGUCUUCGUCUUCAUCGAGUACCGAAGUGGAGAUCGUGCAACGCUCCCCUUCCGCGUACUCAAGAACAGGAAUAUCUGGGGAUCUUCCAUUUUUGGAUCUAGCGUUGUUGCUAGUUUCUUCACUAUGCUCUACUAUAUCCCCAUCUGGUUUCAAGCUAUUAAGGGAGCCACCCCCAUCAAGUCCGGAGUCAUGACUCUCCCACUCGUCGUGAGCUAUGUCAUUUUCUCCUUCGGAACCGGCAGUCUCACUUCAGUCCUCGGCUACUACGUGCAAUGGGGUUACCUGACCGUCAUCCUCUCGGCAAUUGGUACCGGUCUUAUGACCGCACUCAAGGUAGACUCUGGUCACGCCGAGUGGAUCGGAUACCAGGUUCUCUUCGGCGCAGGUAUUGGCUGCGGUAUGCAGACAUCCUUCUCUGCGCCUCAGACUGCGCUGCCUCUUGAGGAUAUCCCCGUCGGUACUGCAAUUGUCAUGUUCACAGAGAAUCUUGCCAGUGCUAUUAUGGUCUCUGUGGCACAGAAUGUCUUUACCAAUCAGCUGAAGACUAAUCUCAGCGAGUAUGCUCCUGCUGUUGAUGCCAGUGCUGUGAUUUCUGCUGGUGCCACUGAGGUUCAGCAGCUGGUACCGGAGAAGCUAUAUCAGGUGGUCCUCUUUGCCUAUAACAAGGCUCUGGAUCAGACCUUUUAUGUUGGUGUUGCUUUAUCUUGUCUAGGGAUUAUUGGUGUUCUUGGUCUGGAAUGGAUUUCUGUCAAAGGAAAGAAGGGAAAGGACUCGAAUGUAUAG